GAUAUGUUAAUGUCUUCCGAUAAAGAAGAGGACCCAGAUGCUAUUCCUGAAGAUAGCAGUCUGCUAACCCUACGAAUCAGAAAGAAGGUAUUAGAGCGGAGAAAAGAAACAAUUAUUGUGGAUCGGUCUUGCAGACAAGAAACUCUUGCUUAUGAGAUGGAGUCACAUGCAAGUGGAAAGAGGCCAGACAAUCCAACAGAUCUAGUUGAAGAGGGAGAACUACUUUUAACUGUGAAUAUCUUCUAUCCUGCCAUAUUUCAGAAGCAUAAAGAUCACAAACCCUAUCAGACAGUCCUGGUCCUGGGCAGCCAGAAGCUCACUGAGCUGAGAGACUCUAUUUCCUGCGUCAGUGACCUCCAGAUAGGUGGUGAGUUCAGCCAUCAGCCAGAUCAAGCACCAGAGCACAUCAGCAAG